CAUAUAGCAACAUUCAAGUGCGUCAAUUAUGCUUUGAUGAUCAAGCCUGUGGAAGUAAAACAACAGAGUAGGUGACGAACACAUACGGGACAGAUACUGUAAUACAAUGGUGAUCAUUUUUAUAGUGUGUUUUCUAGGGCUAUGUUUUGCGCAAAAUCCUUCAAGGAGUCAAGGGACGGAGCCUUCGUGCUACAUAAAAAACAGGUUCGAGUACGAGUUUGGGGUGCUGGAAAAGCUAGAAAACCUACAGAGGGACAAAAACGAACUGGUUGCUAAUGUAACAGCUCUUACAGCUCUCGUUGAGACGCUCACCAGAAAGAUUAAAGGACAGUGUAUUGCACACUUUACAGGACUCAAUGACCCCGGUGGUAACACUUACAUCCGCUGGGGAAAAAAGUCGUGCCCAACCAAUACAGCCGCUGAACUCGUCUAUGAGGGGUUUGCAGGUGGAGCACCGUAUGAUAAGCCUGGCAAUGGUGCCAACUACAUAUGUCUACCAAAGGACCCACAGUGGGGUACAGAUACGUCAUCAAGUAAUAUAGGCUACGUACAUGGCGCCGAGUAUCAAAUGGAAGGAAUGUUGAAAGACCAGGACGUUCCUUGCGCAGUAUGCAGGACGCCAAGUACCAAUGUUCUUAUGAUCCCGGCUAGACAAGAAUGCUACGAAGGUUGGACUAAAGAAUACCAUGGUUAUCUCAUGGCUGAACGCCAUAACCAUGCGUCUAACAAAGAGUAUAUCUGUAUGGACGGUGAACCGGAACCACGUGUUGGGACAAAAGCGAAUGUAAACGGAGCACUGCUUUAUUUUCAAGAAGCAGUCUGUGGCUCCCUUCCAUGUCUGCCUUACAAUGCAGGAUGGAAACUUACAUGUGUAGUCUGUACAUUUGAGCCGUUGUAAAAACUCUUAUUCAUGCUAUGAAAUGCUUUUAAAUUAAAUAUGAGUUCUGUAAAACAUUUAUAGAAAGCUUUAAAAUGAUUGAAACAUUAGUUUCUUCAUAUGUAAAGGAUAGAAAUUGUGUUUGGUGUUCUAUUCGAUUAAUUCAAUAAGACUGGUGCAGAUGGGGGCCAAUUAAUCGUUUAGAAAAUUGUGCAAUAAACUUUAUUUUUGUUAAUAUCUUACAUGCUACAAUGUAUAAUUUGUACAGUAAUCGUUGUAUUAGAAGGUGCAUAUUCACUUUGCAUAUUAAGGGCCAUUUGUCUACAAAACUGAACUACAUAUUAGCAUACCUUGUCAAAUAGUCCCACUAAAAUUCCCACAUUCGGCAGAUUUUUGUGUUAAGAUACUUAAGUUUGUUUGAACUUGAAAAUGAUGCCAAAAUUAAUGAUAUGAUUUUUAAAAAGGAAGCAAAUUUUUAUAGAAAUAUAUAUGUGGAAAUAAACAUAUGUUUUAACUGUU